AUGUGCUUCCACGGACGACUCGUUUUCGACUGCAACCACUUUGCCUGGCUGGGCAUCACCAAGCCUUGCGCGUCUGAAGACUCGUUUGAGCGUGGGGAGACGAAUGUCGGAUGCAAUAAGAUGUGCUCGCACGGGCUUGACACCAUCCGCAUCCAAAGAAAGUGUGCCAACUGCAUAGCAGUGCGGGACCUGGACAAGUUCAAGUUUGGCGUCGUUUGGGAUAGGAUCGCGGCCCUCAAAGACGCCGUGGCAUAUCUCAGAGGAACGGAGACAGUCGAGGAGCAGGGCCAGGAGGAUGAAGCUUGCACCACUACCGACCCGGGCUCCGACUCGGAUAGCACUGUGCUGGAAGACACGGCCUCAUCCUGCUCCUCCUGGCCCCGAACUACUGCGGGUGCACAUGAGUCCGCCAAAAGGGAAAUAUUGUUCGAUGAUAAGCACCGGCCACUCAUGCUCCCUCAGCUUGUAGCCGAGCGGAUGAAGAAGAAGGAAGCCGAAGAUUACUGCCAACUUCCUGAUGAUGCCAACCCAGAAAACGCCGGAUCGUCUUGA